CCCACACACUCUCUCUCUCUCUCUCUAACCUCCACCAAUGUCGUCGAAGGCAGAACCCACUCCCCCUCAUCGCUCAACACCCACAGUCCUCCUCCUUGCUUGUCUAGUAAUCCUCUCAACUCUCUGGUACCCCCUCCCUCAACCCAACAGGCCCACCUCUGUUUCUUAUGAUCACAGAGCAAUCACAAUCAAUGGGCAGCGAAAAAUCCUCAUCUCUGGCUCCAUUCACUACCCCAGGAGCACUCCUGAGAUGUGGCCUGAUCUCAUUCGAAAGGCUAAAGAUGGGGGCUUGGAUGUUAUAGAGACCUAUGUGUUCUGGAAUGGGCACGAGCCUUCCCCUGGCCAGUAUUACUUUGAGGAAAGAUAUGAUCUUGUUCGGUUUGUUAAGCUCGUGGAGGAGGCUGGGCUCUAUGUUCAUCUUAGAUUAGGCCCUUACAUUUGCGCUGAAUGGAAUUUUGGGGGGUUUCCUGUUUGGCUGAAGUAUGUACCGGGUAUCAGUUUCAGAACUGAUAAUGAGCCUUUCAAGGCUGAAAUGGAGAAAUUCAUAAAGAAGAUAGUUUCCAUUGGGGUUUUAUAUUGUGGGUGGGUGGUCGGGUACGCGGUGCAGUGCGUGGUGCACGUGGUUUGCGUGUCCCUUGAGCAGAGGAGCGGGGGUUCUUCGUUGAGUUCGGCGAGGGAUGUUGAGAUCGGGGAGCGUGGUCGAGAGGAUGAGGAGAGUACGAGUAUUGCAAAACAUUUGGAGUCUGCGAACACAAUGUCUUCAUUCAUAUGGUGGAUAGUUGGAUUCUACUGGGUAUCUGCUGGAGGCCAAACUUUAACCCAUGAUGCACCUCAGCUUUACUGGCUUUGUAUAGUUUUUCUGGCAUUUGAUGUCUUCUUUGUGUUGUUUUGUGUUCUUUUGGCGUGCAUCGUUGGAGUCGCUGUCUGCUGCUGUCUACCGUGUAUAAUAGCUAUUCUAUAUGCUGUUGUAGAGCAGGAAGGAGCAUCUGAAGAAGACAUCCAUCAACUUCCAAAGUACAAAUUCCGGAGGGUGGGAUAUCCUGAGAGGUCUGCCAAUGAGAUAUCAGGACCUUGUGGUGGAAUAAUGACAGAAUGUGGGAGUAAUCCACCCAUUGAGCAUGUUGUUCGACUGGAGGAUGCUGAAUGUUGUAUCUGCAUCUCUUCUUAUGACGACGGUGUUGAGCUACGCGAACUUCCCUGCAACCACCAUUUCCAUCUAAGCUGCAUUGAGAAAUGGCUUCACAUUAGUGCAACAUGCCCUCUCUGUAAGUACAAUAUCAUCAAGAACAGCAACUGUGAGACUGUGGAAGUAUAGUUAUCUUAUGGCUCGUGAAAGUUUAUAGAGUUGUUGUAUAAUGUGUGUCGAUAUAAGUCCCUGAUCUGUAAGCUGUUGUUUUGUGAAUAAUGCGUCUACCCCGUGGCCUUUGUUCUCAUGCUGUUAAUAAUUGUAAUCUAAUCAGUAAAUGAAAAAAAAAAACUCUUAUCAGGAGUAGCCAUUUCAAAUGGUGCUCUUUGGUGAGGUUGUGUUUGUGUUAUUUGUACCGCCUUCAACUCAACAUUUUCUCGGAAGAUUAUGUGCC